CAAAUUUCUUUAUUUAUUCGGCUUGGAAACUAGUGCCUCCUUUAUAUACACAAACAUCGCUGCUGCCCCCCUCCGCUCUCUCACCUCUCUCCCCCCUUCCGUUUCCUCUCUCUCCUCGCCCGAGAGGCCAAAAACCCAGCCUCGAGUCCUCACUCCCCGCAGAUUCGCGUCAUAGCGCGGCGGCGGCGAUGGCGUACGGCUUCUCCAUCAGGGGAUACGCGGCGAGCAUGCGGGGCACGGCCGAGCUCGGCCCGUUUAGUUUGGCGGCCCGGGAACUGCAGCCCAUGGAGGUGCGCGCCUUCCGGUGGUGGGAGGACGAGCUCGCGUCCAUCAAGGCGGCGGAGGCGGAGGCGGAGAAGGAGAAGGAGAAGGAAGCGGUGGCGGGGGCGGGGGCGGAGGGGGAGGAGGAAGAAGAGGAAGAGGAGGCGUCGGGGAACGGCCGGGCGCCGAAGAAACGCUCCAUCACCGACCUGUUCGCUGAGGCGCCUGCCGUGGGCGCCGGCAGCGGACCCGACGCUGUCGUGGACGACGAGGAGGAGGUUCUUCGCUCCAUCGUCCGCCGGAGCAAGGAGCUGCGAAGAAAGAGGCGUCUGGAGCAAGCUGCGUUGGCGUCGGUAGCGGAGGAGCCGGAGACGUCGGCGGCAGGCGAACGGCGUGCGGCCGAGGGGAAUUUCCCCAGAAAGAAAUCAGCUGACAAACCAAGUUUGGGAGAUGAAUUGGAUACUUCUGGUCCAUCAAAGGAACAUCAGAAUGAUCUCAUUACAGAGAAGCAAAAGAUCCCAGAUCUUAAGAGAAGGAAGCAUGGAAGACUCAGUAAUAGUUUACAGAAGAAGGCUGAGAGGCUAAAGUACCUUGAGAGUAGAAAGGCUGUCAAGGUUGGAAAACAGCGAGAUAUUAAAAAAGUGCUCCCUUUGCACAGCAUUCUGAAGAAGUACACAAAACAUACGUCUGUUAAAAUGGUUAAGGAAAAACAUGGGAAUUCAAAAGGCACUGGAGUCAUACAACUCUGUCGCAAAUCAGUCAAGCGUGUCAAAUUCUCAGAAACAGAUGAUGCCAAAAAGCAAUGUUCCAAAAGACCACCACUGGAAAGCAUCCGCGAGCUUCUCUCUGCUAUUAGUUCUUCUUCGUCGUCAUCUAUAGAGAUGUCAAGUGAAGAGGAACAUGUUAUUGCGGAAAGUAGUAGUUCUCACAUGACAGAGAAAGCUGUCACUAUGGCUAGCGAAGCAAAUGAGAACACAAAUCAUGACAAUCAAUAUGAGCUCAGCAGUACCAGAUUGUCCACCGGUUUGCUUGAUCUGAAUCAAGCUCUUCCAGAACCUACGGACUUAAACAAUCCAUAUGUUCCAAAUUCAGAGGUUUCAAAUCUUGAGCAGGCACAGGAACAACUGAGACAUUCUACUGAGUUGGACACCACAUCAAAAGGCAAGUCCCCUUGUACUCUGUCAAACGGAUUCCAGGAUUCAGUGCAUCUCCAACAGAAUUGGAGCUCUAUGACUUUGCAUCAUGGUGUCUCUCAACUCUCAACUGGAGGUGAACCAUCUUCCUUUGAAGUUCGAGAAAGUAAUAUAUCACACAGUGAGAAACGAAAUUUUAGUUCUGAAACGAACGUGGAACAAGAGUUGAGGCCUUCUGCUGGACAAACCUUGCGCUUGAUGGGUCAUGAUCUUACAGUAUCCGAUACUAGAGUUGACUAUUUAUCUGACGCGGCACAGAAUCACACAAAUAAUACUGCAGACCAUCUUACCACAAAGGUGGUGUUGGAAUUGCCACGACAAGGUCAGCCUUUCCUAGCAUUACAAACUCAGAGUAUUCCCAGUGUUUCAGCAAGUUCUGCAAGGACAGCUCAGGCACAUUUUGGAUACAGAACAACACAUAACAUCAGCCACCCGUUGCUCGCUGCCAAUGUGUUCUCUGGUGAUCCAUCAGUAUAUGAAGACAGGUGCAGGGACUUCACAAACUUGCAAUCACAUCGAAAUUCUAUAUUGGGAUAUCCUCCUCUUUCCAAUCAUGGCAGUGCUGCAUUUCUUCAGAAUUCACCACCUUGGCGUUAUUACUCUGAUCAUUCCACCAGGAGAGAUUCACUCUCAGCGCCAUUUACACCAACAGUGAUGCAGCAUGUGGCAACACCUUCAGAUUACCGUGCCAAUCUGCCUCAUCAGUCAUAUGGUGUGUACUCUGGAAGCUCAACAGUUCGACCUCUUAACUCUGCAAGUUUUACAUGCACAAACCAGAUAGUACAAGCAGUUGACAGUAGGGCUACUGCAAACCUUCCGUCCAGAAGUCCAACAACUGGAACGACAAGAACUCAUCACAACUCCAAUACUUCAUCUAGCAGCCGUUUGGUUCUGAGAUCAGGCCCUGUAAAGCUCAGUGCCGGGGCGAAGCAUAUCCUGAUACCAAAUGAGAAUACGGAGGACGACAAUUCUGCACCAAUGUACUCUUGUGUGUCCUUUGGCAGCAGUGGUGGGAAUGUUUCGGCAGCUUAUCAGAAUAAAGGAGCAGGUUCCCAUAGGCAUCAGAAUAAAGGAGCAGGUUCCCGUAGGUUCUGAUCCAAAAGCUGGAUUAUCUUGCUCGUUCGUUUUCUGGACAGCUGCUGGGCAAGAGGCUGCAUGUUUUGAAGGAACUGAAGCUGAUGACCUAGGCAAUGCUGAGAUGAAGAUGCAAUGCGCAGUUCGGAGGAUACCUGAGACCGUGUUAAUUAAAGGAGGGUACUUGGUUUUGUUUUGUGGCCUGCAAGACUUUGACAGAUCCUUUUACUUCUGCAGUUUUAUUCCCCCCCCCCCCCCCCCCCCCCCUUUCCAAAAUAAAGAAGAUUUUCGUUGUUUGAAAACGAUAAGUACGCUCAGGUUGUGCAGCAUGUGAACUUUGUAGGGCAUACCUGGAGUGUCUAUGUAGCUACCGGUGAUGAAGUAGAAUGUUAAUGCGACUCAAAAGCUGGUUGAUUGUACAACCUGUGUCAUCAGGAGUUCCCUAUUUCAUUUGAGCCAGCUAGAUCAUUUUUAUUUAGCGGUCAUCUAAUAUAAUAUAUCCUCAAUAUAUAGAUAUUAUGUUAGCUCAA